GCCGACUUCCAGGACACGAAAUGUGAGCACGAUGCCGGCCAGAUAUAAUUACUGGUCUGAAAGAGUGGCUGCCACUGACAGCUGAAACAUGUCAACACCUUCGCCGUCCAAGUCGACACAAGCAUCACACAAAACACGACGUCGUCACAAGUCGGGCUACGUGGACGACUGGCAGUCGGGUAAAGACUUCUCGGAAACCAAUCUUCACAUGCUGGAGACCGAGUCCCUCACUGACCUCAGCUUCCGAGUUGGUGAGGAACGCGAGACCGUCAAAGCUCAUAAAUAUAUCUUAGUGAGUCGCAGCUGUGUAUUCAACAGGAUGUUGUGUGGCCCCAUGCCCGAGAAGAAGGAGGUGGAAAUCCCGGACAUUGACCCGGCUAUAUUCAGGAGUCUCAUCAGGUUCUUGUACACGAAUGACGUCACCAUCACACCAGACAACGUGAUUGGUCUGUUGUACUCCUCCAAGAAGUACAAUGUCAGGAGUCUGGAGCAGCGGUGCCUCCAGUUCUGCGAGAUGUCACUCACCGCUGACAAUGCAUGUACCAUCCUCCAGCAGGCUUGCCUAUUUGACGAAGAGGGGCUCCAGGAGAAAGCUAUGGAUGUCAUCAAGCGAGAAGCAAAGCAGGUUCUCCAAUCCGAGAGCUUUCUGGAACUGAGCCACGAGUGUUUGGACAGGAUCCUUGCUAACGAUGACCUCAAGGCGGAAGAGGACCUUAUCUUCGGUGCUGCCAUCCAGUGGGCGGAGGCCGAAUGUAAGCGACAAGAAAGGGACGUAACUCCUGCCGAAAAGCGAACUGUAUUAGGUCAGUCACUUUAUCUUGUAAGGUUCCCGUUAAUGAGCCAGAAACUUUUUGUCGAGAAGGCUAGAGGUGCGGGGGUGUUGACGGAUAGUGAAAAAGUAAAAAUAUUAGAACAUUUUACCUUGACGGAACUCCCGGUCGAACCAUUCUGCACAAAGAAAAGAAACUCAUUGAAGCCUAUUCGCUCAAUCGAAAGAUUCGGAUCACGCGGCAGGUGGACAGGAGCCAAUCCAGUGACGGAUGCCAUUACGGUGUCAUGCAGUAAGACCGUCAAGCUGCUGACAUUUCUGUUGUUCGCGCCAACCAGAUCCGGAAGCGGAACACUCUCCGUGCUCAUCUCCAUAGAAGACAAGGAGCAGAAGGUGAUCCUCCACCAUUGUUGCGACCGCGAGAUCUCCACAGGAGAUGAUCAGUUCAAAGUCAUGCUGCCCGCGUCUAUCCUUCUCCACCCUGACACCAACUACAGCGUCAGUGUCACCAUCAAGGGGCCAAGCAGGUACUGGGGCAUCAUGAACGGCUUUUCAGAGGUACACGAUGCAGACGGGGACGUGACAUGGAAGAUUUCCCAUAACUCCAAUAGUUCCUUCUAUAACAGCGUCACAGAGGGUUAUAUAUCUGGGAUGCACUUCAUAGUGGAGCCGUGAAGGAACAGCUUCAGGUGAUGCGUCAGUACUAUCAUUUACACACCGAUGAUAUUAAGUAAGAGGUCACAUCUCUUCCCUUUAUAGUGUAUGGUGACCCUUUGCUCUGAGUAUUGUUGCUGAUUUGACAUUCCUUGAACGUGAUCUAAAUCACUUUACUUACUUGUGUGGUGUUACACCAAGACCUGCUUUGCUUCCAGCUGUGUUCAGUGUAGGUGCAAUCUUGGUAAACCAGGGUGAUUUUACAGUGCUACUCCUGUGGGUGCAUGGUUCAUCCGAGGUUACUGUUGACUCCCGUACUUAGUUGCUGUGCAUGUCAUAUGGGCAGAGCGGGUCAUGCAACAAUCAUUUGUGAUGCAGCAAUUUUGAGCAUUUAUGCAAUGAUAUAAUUAUUUUGUAAUUUAUCUCUCUAACGAUAUAUUUUCUGUUAGUAUUUCACCGCAGUGAUAUUUGUGGAUGAUGAAUCUUUAUUUGCCUAUUUUAUACCUCAAGCUGUGAUUACUUGUUGUGUGAUGCUGAUAUGCAGAACAGGACUUUUACAUGUUGCGGUACCUGCAAAGAUUGUAUAAAAUGAGCACAGCGCUAACGGCAUUAUGUUACACUAUAACACGGUAUAGAAUGUACACUAUACAACGGUAUAUAUAGGUGCACCACAUGCACUGUUAUAUUAUGUUUUAUACCUAAUGUAACGGUAUGUGUGUGAAAAUGAAUAGCGGCGUAUAUGUUACAUGGGAUGAGUAAAGUCUUUAGUUUGUAAAAUGAUUAAUUCACUCACAAAUUAUUUAAAGCUAUCCAUUUUAUAGACUGGUACAUGUUACAGAUUGACUGACGUCAUGCAUUCUACAAAUAGACUGAAACAUGAAAUCAUCUUUUGAUAAAACAAAUUAAAAUUAACGAUUAGUCAUUCUCCUAGAUGAUAGUUAGUGACUCUCCUUGGUGACGAUUAAUGAGUGUUCUUGGUGAUGAUUAAUGAGUAGCCUUGGUGACAAUUCCUGAUUCUCCUUGGUGACGAUUAAUGAGUCUCCUUGGUGA